AUGCCCUUCUACUUCACGAAAAUGGCGGGCUUUUGCCGCAGCGGUCCUUCCUGGAAUCAAGAGCCAGCGCUGAAGACCAAUGCAGGGGAAGUUCAUUCGGGCCCGCAAAACACAGUGGGAGACAACCUGUGGUUCUGCCUGAAGGAGGAGCGCACCAGAGUUGGAUGCAUGGCAGAGUGCGAAACACGGGCUGAUUGCCAUGCCAUUGAUCGACCGCCAACGGUGGGCUUCGCCGAAUGCUGUCUUUUCACCGGCAACAACACCGGUAAUGGCGUCGCUGAUCGCUUUUGCUUCUCGAAAGAUGUGACGCGCACACCACAACCUGGAGAUCUCAUGGAUACGACUGUGACCGUACUUCCGGUGCCUUUCCUGGGCUACCUCACGCUGUCCUCCAAGACUGUCGGUGUGGUGGCAACGGCCGAGAUGGGAUUGUGCCUUCCCUGGACGUGGUGCGGAUUCGUCAUAAAGGACUGCAGCGGUGCUAUCCUUUACAAAAUCGAAGUAGACACUUUGCCGGACGUUGAUGGCGAUGGGACAGUGCUACCAGGUACGGCUGGAUUGAGCUAUGUUAUCAAAGAUGCUGGUGGGUCGUACAUCGGUCGAAGCAGCCAUCUGACAGACGGCUAUGAGCCCAUCCGGCUUCUGGAUGCUGAGAACACACAGGUCUCCAUGCUCAUCACAGCAGCUGGGUUUUGGCGACGGACGUUUUUCCCGCUCCGUUGGUUUGUCAACACCGCUGUCACGGGACAGCCCGCAUCAGCGGCGCCUCUUGCAGAUCCACGGCUGCUCACCAUGAUGGUCACCUUCCAGUUCCGCAAUCUGGGAUACUUUGGCAUCUUCUGGAUUCUUCUCCUGGUGAUCGUCGUGCUGGCUGUGUACUUCUACCUCAAGAGGAGCAGGGGGCUGACCUACGAUGGUGGCUUCAGCAUUCGUGGCGCUUGCUUCAGGGGCUUGCCCUACUAUUCUUAUGCUGACGAAGAGCAGGAGUUUCUGGCUGGCGGCGAUGGAGGAGGCUGCUGCACUGGACGAGACAAGAAGGCGCAGGCCAUUGCCACCGCACAGCUUCUUACCAUAGACAGCUGA